AAUUGUUGCCGGAAGUAGACGUCCACUGACGUAAAAGUUUGUCUAGCGCUUGUUCCAUGCAUGGUUCCAUGUGGUUUGGAUUUUAGUUUAAAACGACUUAAUUGAGGAAACAUUCAGCAUCAGGAUGGUUAAAAAAGGUAAGAAAGAGAAGAAGGUAAAAGGAGCUGAGAAGACAGCUGCCAAAAUGGAGAAGAAGGUUUCUAAGAGAUCCAAACGCGAGGAGGAGGAUUUGGAGGCUCUGAUAGCCGAGUUCCAGAACCUUGAUGCCAAGAAGACCCAGGUGGUGGAAACCGAAUGUCCGCCUCCAUCGCCCAGGCUUAAUGCAUCUUUGUCUCCCCACCCUGAGAAGGAUGAACUCAUCCUGUUUGGGGGAGAAUUCUUCAAUGGGAAAAAGACGUACUUGUACAACGAGCUGUACUUCUACAACAUUAAGAAGAACAGCUGGGUGAAGUCGGAGAUCCCCAACCCCCCUCCACCGCGCUGCGCCCACCAGGCGGUGGUGGUGGCCCAGGGGGGGGGGCAGCUCUGGGUGUUCGGGGGAGAGUUCGCCUCUCCUGACGGGGAACAGUUCUACCACUACAAGGACCUCUGGGUGCUGCACCUGGCCACUCACACCUGGGAGAACAUCAAAGCAACAGGCGCCCCGUCUGGGAGGAGCGGUCACCGGAUGGUUCUGAGCAAGAAGCAGCUGCUUGUGUUCGGGGGCUUCCACGAGAGCACCAGGGACUUCAUCUACUACAACGACGUCUACGCCUUCUCCCUGGACUCCUUCUCCUGGUCCCGCCUCUCUCCCUCUGGCUCCGUCCCCUCGCCGCGCUCCGCCUGCCAGAUGACGUGCACGCCCGACGCCUCCGGGGUCAUCGUCUACGGAGGCUACUCCAAACUGAAAGCCAAGAAGGACGUGGAGAAGGGGACCAUCCACUCUGACAUGUUCCUCCUGAAGCGAGAGUCGAAGGACGACCAAGAGAAGUGGUCCUGGUCCAGGAUGAACCCCGCGGGGAACAAGCCCCCGCCACGGUCGGGCUUCUCGCUGGCGGUGGGGCCGGGGGGGCGGGCCCUGCUCUUCGGGGGGGUGUGUGACGAGGAGGACGAUGAGACGCUGGAGGGAGACUUCUACAACGACCUGUACCUGUACGACGCGGGCAAGAACCGCUGGUACCCCGGGCAGCUCAGGGGGACCAAGUCGGAGAAGAAGAAGAGGCGCCGGGGGAAGAAGGCCGCCGGAGGGGGGGGGGAGGAGGGGGGAGCUGAGGGGGGAGAGGAGGAGGAGGAGGCGGUCGCCCAGGGCCCCGUGGAGGUCGUCAAGGAGAUUGUUGCCGAGGACGGCACGGUGAUGACCAUCAAGGAGGUGAUCCCCGGAGCGCAGGAGGAGGAGGAGGACGAAGAGGAGGAAGACGAUGACGAAGCCUGGGCCACGCUGGUGGAGCCCUGCUCGCGCUGCAGCGCCAUGGCAACGGUGCGUCAGGGCAAGCUGUACCUGUACGGGGGCAUGUUCGAGGUGGGCGACCGGCAGUUCACCCUCAACGACUUCUACUGCCUGGACCUCAACAAGAUGGAGCAGUGGGAGGUGCUGGUGGAGAUGGAUCCCAAGACUCAAGUGUGGCUGGAGGAGUCUGAUUCUGAGGAUGAGGACGAGGAGGAGGAGGAAGAGGAAGAGGGGGAGCGGGAAGAAGGCGAAGGAGAAGGGGCCAAAGGAGGCGGAGCCAAAGAGGAGCAAGAGGAAGAAUCUGACGAAGAGAGCGAUGAAGAUGAUAACGCGGACCACCCCCCGGUGCAGAAGGAGGAGGCGCUGGAGGCCUACCAGGCCAGGACGGAGCAGUACUGGGUGGGCCUGGCCCGGGCCAACAUGGGCGCCGAGGCAAAGGACAAGAAAGUGGGCAAGGUCGGCCUUGCAAUGGCUAAAGUCUUCUAUGAAGAUCAAUAGCAAGGCGCGUGUGUGUGUGUGUGUGUGUGUGUGUGUGUGUGUGUGUGUGUGUGUGUGUGUGUGUGUGUGUGUGUGUGUGUGUGUGUGUGUGUGUGUGUGUGUGUGUGUGUGUGUGUGUGUGUGUGUGUGUGUGUGUGUGUGUCAUUGUAUUUCAAUGUUUUAUUAAAUCCUUUUGAGACGGUUCUCUUUAUCUAUUUUUUUCUGCGACUCUACCAUGCACCAUCAUAUUAGAUAAAAAAGAUUCUCCGCUUAAAUUCAUUAAGAUGGGGUUGAUUUAUGAUACAGAUUGAUUAUACAUCAUUUAAAUGAAACACUAUCAGUGAAGGUUCUCUGCCAAAACUAAAGGUUUACAAUUAAUAUGACAAUAUUCUUUAUUGUAUCAUUUCAACAAUUAAAGGACUUCCAGUUGCAUUUGUGAAACAA